AUGUUACCAGAGAGUCCUGGUGAACAGAAGAAAAUUUAUAAUAUAACACUACCAUACAGAAAUAAAAACGAAUUUAAAAUUGAAAAUCUUGAACCAAAAAGUAAAUAUUUGGUGUGGAUAAGUGCAUUAAAUGAAGCUGGUGCCUCACGAGAAAGUCAACCACAAGUCAUCGAAACAACCAUUCCUUGGGCCCCAGAAGCUCCUAGUGAUGUUCGCUAUAAUUGUUUGGCAAACUGCGAUUUGAUAUGGAAGGCUCCAAAUGACUUUGGAUCUCCUAUCACUGCUUAUAAGCUUUUUAUAAGAGAAAUGAAGAAUAAAGAAGAGAUGCGAUGGAAUAACGAUUUUUCAGAGCUAUCGGAUUAUCGUAUAAAGUUUGGAAAUAUAGGUACUUGGCGAAUAUUCAUAUACGCAUUAAUAUGUCUUAUGUUGUUAUUUGUAUUUAUUGAUAUCGCUUGUUGUUUUAUUGCAAGAUGUGGCCUUACUGCAUAUAUUUUCUUUCACUGCCUUGCAAAUAAUAUUAAUUCCACUAAGCAAAGAGACAACGAUCAUUCUGUCAAGAGCAAUACAGCAAUGAAAAAUGAUCAAACAACACAAUCAACUUCCGUUUAA